CAAGAAACUGAAACACUUGGGGCCGUUGAUAUCUACGUUUGACACGUGGUCGUCCUACCUGCAUUGCAAAGCCGACGGAAACUGUAGAGAACCUCGAAAAUCACGACGCCGGCCAUUGACAUCGAAUCCAUCCUCAGCAACAAUGAUAAACUCGCAGUUGCAGAGAUUAUCGUGAGAGAGAACGAGAGAAGCUGCCAUGGACGCGAUUGAGCACACCACCGUCAACACCAAUGGCAUCAAAAUGCACAUCGCCUCCAUCGGCACAGGCCCCGUCGUCCUUCUCCUCCACGGCUUCCCGGAGCUCUGGUACUCAUGGCGCCACCAGCUUCUGUACCUUUCCUCCGUCGGAUACCGCGCCAUCGCGCCCGAUCUCCGCGGCUACGGCGACACGGACUCGCCGGAAUCGCAUACGUCAUACUCUGCGCUCCACAUCGUCGGCGAUUUGGUUGGGGCUCUGGACGGGCUCGGGAUCGACAAGGUGUUCCUGGUAGGGCACGAUUGGGGGGCGAUAAUCGCCUGGUACUUCUGCUUGUUCAGGCCAGAUCGGAUCAAGGCGCUGGUGAAUCUCAGCGUCCAUUUCUUACCUAGGAACCCUGCGAUUUCGUUUGUCGAGGGUUUCAGAGCUGCGUAUGGCGAUGACUUCUACAUUUGCAGGUUUCAGGCUCCAGGAGAGGCAGAGCAACAUUUUACCUCGGUUGACACAGCUCUGGUUUUGAAGGCAUUGUUAAGUAAUAGAAGUACAGAUCCUCCAAAGUUGCCUAAAGAAGUUGGAUUCCGUGGGAGACCACCUCCAGAAAACCUUCCUUCUUGGCUGACAGAAGAAGACAUCAACUAUUUUGCUGCCAAAUUUAAGCACACAGGCUUUACUGGAGGAUUGAACUACUAUCGAGCUUUCGACCUAACUUGGGAGCUGACCGCGCCAUGGACGGGAGCACAGAUCCAGGUGCCGGUGAAGUUCGUCGUCGGGGAUUUGGAUAUGACCUAUCAUUUUGCAGGAGCCAAGGAAUACAUCCACAACGGCGGAUUCAAAAAGGAUGUGCCGUUUCUGGAGGAAGUGGUGGUAAUGAAAGAUACUGCUCACUUCAUCAACCAAGAAAGGCCACAGGAAAUCAGUACUCACAUCCAUGACUUCAUCAAGAAAUUCUGAACUCCAUUCUCCAUUCACAGACUUUGAAUUCAAUAAAGUAAAAUCCUUCUUUGCAUAUUUGAACAGUCAUUGAUUACGAUGUCUGUUGCCACUUUUCCUUUGGGAUACAAAAAACAGGAAUUUGUUUAUCGCAAUUUGCACAUCUUCUUUCAAUU